UUACCGGAACAGGACUUCGAUAGGACCGUUCUGAACAGCACUCACUCUUCCGAAACCAAAACUCUCGCUGCUGUAAUGGGCCGCGCUGCUACAACGUCCGCAACGGCGGUCGCCACUACCCCCGCCAAGAAGGCGCAACCUGGAAGGAAAGGCAAGAAGGCAUGGAGGAAGAACGUGGACUCCACUGAGGUGGAGGAACAGCUCCACGAGCUGAGGAAUGAAGAGCGUAUUGGCGGAGGAAAACUUUACACCAAAGCGAACGCGGACCUUUUCUUCACUGACAAGUCCGGCGAUGCGGAGAUCAAGCGGAAAUUCCAGUUCAAAAAGCUGAAAAUUGACGAAAUCCUGCAGCCUACGUCUGCCAUGGACGGCGUGCUCUCGAGGCCGACGGCCAAGUCUACAGUCAAAGUAGCCCCGGAGGGCAUGAAAGCGAGGAACGUGUCGAAGAGCAACGUGGAAGCGGUGGAGAAACUCGCGAAACGGAAGGCCGAGAGUGGGCUGGCACGAGUGGGCGCGAGCGCAGAGGCUAAGGCGGCCGCCUCUGCGGCGAAGAAGCGGAAGUUGGAGCAAAAGAAGGGUGGCUUUGAUCUGUGGGAUGCACCAGAAACGGAAACGACCGUGAUAGAUUCCUCGUUGGAUGUCGCGUACAUCGAACCCACACUGAAGAAGUCUGUGAAGAAACCACUUCUUCCCGAUACUCUGCCGAAAGGCAUCAAGGCCGUUGAGGUUUCACACGCGGGUGCUUCAUACAACCCCAGCUUCGACGACCAUCAAAAAGCGCUCCGUGAGGCUGUGGACGAAGAGACGGAAAAGAUUGAUACCAAAGCGAAGACGCUCAAGAAGCUUUCAUACCCUGCGGAGCUGGACAACCUUGAUGACGAGACUUUCUUCGACGAUGAUUCAGAAGAGGAGGAGGAAAACGAGGCUGAAACUUCUGCAGCAACUGGGGAGACAACGGUGACGGCGGAAGUUUCAGCGCAGCAAACAUUCGCUGCUCCAGUCGUGGUGGAACGCAAAACACGGGUGGACCGGAACAAGGAAGAGCGUCGGGCAGCGUUGGAGCGCGAACAAAAAGCUGCAAAGGAGGCGAAGAAGCUGGACAAGCAGCUGAACAGGCUGGGGGAACUGAAGAAGAUCGUCAGCAAGGAGGAGCGAAUACGACAAGCUCGCCUUGAGGAACGCGAGAGGGAAGCGGUGGAGAAGGCAAACAACGAGACCCGCCGGUUGGGUCCUCAUGCCUUCAAACCUGCACCGAUGGAUAUCCAGCUGACAGAGGAGCUUGCUGACUCUUUACGGGAGCUGAAACCUGAAGGAAACCUGUUCCGUGAUCGUUUUACGAGUUUGCAGAAACGAACGCUGAUUGAGGCUCGAGUGCCAAUUAGCAAAAACAAGAAACUCCGAUACAAACGCAAGUUGGUGGAGACUCACGACUACAAGCGUUUCAAGUAGCCGUCUUUGCUCUCUCCAUGAUAAGCUUAGAUCUCGUGGUAGAUUCCUUAGCACCUUAUUUAAACCCAUUGAUACUAUAGAGACCUGUACAUAGCCAUGCCAUACUCAUUCGGAAGCGCUGGGGCUGCUUACUCAAACCCCCAGUGAAUACGAUAUUUGAAAAAGUAUGUCGGCAGAACGAGAAGCAAUCCGU